AUGAUCGUAACACCCGAGUGCGAACCGACAGGUGAGCGUUUUGAGAUGUUCAAGAAGAUCGCCGCAGCGGGGAAGGCGGACGGGAGUCUCAUGAUUGCCCAGAUCACACAUCCGGGCCGCCAGCUCCAAUACCGCUACAAUCCCGUCGCCGUGUCAGCGUCUGACGUACAACUAGACAAAGGAAAUGGUAUGGAAUACGCCACACCGCACCCCGCGACGGAGGAGGAGAUCGCGAGACUCAUAGCGGGAUUCGCGCACGCGGCGGCGUACCUCGAGAAGGCCGGCUUCGACGGCGUCGAGCUGCACGCGGCGCACGGGUACCUGCUGUCGCAGUUCCUGUCGCGGCUGACCAACAAGCGCACCGACGCGUACGGGCCGCAGACGAUGGAGUCGCGGCUGCGCUUCGUGUCCGAGGUGGCGCGGGCCAUCAAAGCGCGCGUCCGCCCGGGUUUCGUCGUCGCGGCCAAGCUCAACAGCGUCGAGUUCCAGGACGGCGGCGUCACGCCCCGCGAGGCGCGCGAGCUGUGCCAGGCCCUCGAGGCCCUCGGCUUCGACUUCGUCGAGCUGAGCGGCGGCAUGGCUGGCCAGUCCGGCAUGCACUGGGAGAAGGAGUCGACGCGCCGCCGCGAGGCCUUCUUCCUCGAGUGGGCUGAGACUAUCACCAAGGCCCUGGGUCCGGAUACGAAGUUGAGGGUUUACCUGAGCGGUGGCUUCCGGUCCGCCGAGGCAAUGGUCCGGAGCCUUGAUACCGUGGAUGGGGUUGGCAUCGGCCGACCAGCCACUGCUGAACCAGAACUCUGCAGAGAUAUUCUCGAUGGCCGAGUCAUGGGAGCCAGAAAACCCAUGAGGCCGCUGGAGAAUGAUUUGUCGCUGGGAUUGGCCGUUUCGCAGGCGCAGUUAGCGCAAAUUGGCAGUGGCAAGGAGCCAUUCGAUGCAGGUGACGAGGCGGCGAUGGAGAUCUUCCAAGCGGACAUGACAAUAUGGCAGCAGAGAGUUGUUGAAGAUGGCGAUAAACUAGAGUUCGUAUUACCGCCAAGAUAUUCUGGACCACAUAGACACUAUAGACGUUAG